AUGGCGAACUUCCACCCUCAACAACCGGAGGCUUCACGCAAGACUGUUUACCAUAUACCGUUCACCGAGUGUUCCCGCUUCUGGGGCAGAGAGGAUAUCAUCGCCCGUAUCGAUGAGGCAUUACUGGCAGAGUCUUCAACCAAAUCAAUUCGGUCGUUUGCACUAUAUGGUAUGGGAGGGGUUGGGAAAACACAGAUCGCGCUGAGAUAUGCCAGUGUGUCACGGGAGAAGCUUGACGCCAUAUUCUGGAUCUCAGCUGAGAGUUCGGUAACGAUUGGACAAAGCUUUCGGGAGAUUGCGAAAACGCUUGGCUUAAUCAAGCCAGACACAGAAACAGAUGACAAUGCGGUCAUGCUAGAGGUAAAGCAGUGGCUAUCGUCUACAAAGAGUCGUUGGCUUCUCAUAUAUGACAACGCCGACGAUUUGAGCGCCAUGAAAUACGCUUGGCCUGCGGGCUCUGUCGGAUCCAUUCUAAUAACCAGUCGAGAUUCUACCGCGGCUUUUAGUCUGGCUUCUUCUGGAUGUCAAGUUACACCUUUCGACACAGACUCUGGGUCUGCGGCGUUGCUCAAUAUACUUGGGCUGGACAUGGACUCAACGUCUAACCAAGAGGAAGCAAAGGCUAUUACGUCUACCCUGGGUGGAUUGCCUCUGGCGCUCAAUCAAAUCGGUGGAUUCAUUUCCCAGAGGAAAAUACCGCUCAAGAAUUUUCUUGGUUUAUACAAUCGCAAUUCGGCGAGUGUGGAUGCCAAGAGUACAACGAGCAUGGAUUAUAAUCUCACUCUUGCGACCGUCUGGGAGAUGGCUCUGAGUAAACUCUCAGGAAGCUCCAAAACAUUGCACAUGACCCUCUCGUUUCUAGAUCCCGACUAUAUACACGAGGCACUCUUGCAUGACGGCGCUCUCCAAGUGAAUGAUGCCUCUCUAGAGUUCAUGGCCGAUGAGAUCGAGUACGUGCUACUUCAACUGAUCCAAACUUACGGGAACUAA